UUUUUCAACUGACAUUUCUUCAAUCAUUUUCCGCCGCCAUUUUACCGCUGCUCCUCACCGGGAAAAUGAACACUCCGGCACUUUCUCUCCGUCACAACCAUUUCCUCAAUGGCAGCUCCGCUCUGGUAUCCGGCAUUCGUCUACCACGCUCCUCCUCUUCCCCUUUCCGUGUCCGUAUGUCUCUCCAGGAAAACGGUCCAUCCGUCGCCGUCGUCGGUGUUACUGGCGCCGUCGGUCAAGAGUUUCUAUCCGUUCUAUCUGACCGUAACUUCCCGUACCGUUCUCUUAAACUCCUUGCUAGCAAAAGAUCAGCUGGAAAAUCGAUGAAGUUUGAGGAACGAGAUUAUACUGUUGAAGAGCUCACUGAGGAUAGUUUUGAUGGUAUAGAUAUUGCAUUGUUUAGUGCUGGUGGUUCAAUUAGUAAGAAAUUUGGACCCUUGGCUGCUCAAAAGGGAACAAUUGUAGUGGAUAAUAGCUCCGCUUUUCGGAUGGAUGAGAAUGUGCCUCUUGUGAUUCCAGAAGUGAAUCCUGAAGCUAUGGCACAUGUCAAGCUUGGUUCUGGAAAGGGAGCUCUUAUUGCGAAUCCGAAUUGCUCUACUAUUAUUUGCUUGAUGGCUGUUACUCCUCUCCAUCGUCGUGCUAAAGUCAAACGCAUGGUUGUUAGUACAUAUCAGGCAGCUAGUGGUGCUGGUGCUGCUGCAAUGGAAGAGCUAGUGCAGCAGACUCGUGAGGUCCUGGAGGGAAAAGAACCAACCUGCAAUAUCUUUAACCAGCAGUAUGCUUUUAAUCUUUUCUCACAUAAUGCACCUGUUCAACCCAAUGGAUAUAAUGAAGAGGAAAUGAAGCUGGUCAAAGAAACAAGAAAAAUAUGGAGUGACAAGGAUGUCAAGGUUACUGCAACAUGUAUACGUGUUCCUGUUAUGCGUGCACAUGCUGAAAGCGUGAAUCUUCAAUUUGAGAAUCCCCUCGAUGAGAAUACUGCAAGGGAUAUUCUUAAAAAUGCACCAGGUAUAGUUGUAGUCGAUGACCGUGCAAGUAAUAGAUUCCCAACCCCACUUGAAGUUUCCAAUAAAGACGAUGUUGCAGUUGGGAGAGUACGUCGUGAUGUUUCUCAAGAUGGAGAUUAUGGGCUGGACAUCUUUGUUUGUGGUGAUCAAAUACGCAAAGGAGCCGCCCUUAAUGCUAUCCAGAUUGCAGAAAUGUUGUUGUAGAUUUGCGAUAUAGCACCCUUAAAGGUUCUAAUUUUGGCUCCAAAUGUGAGAGACAGAGAAUCUUAAAGGUAGUAUUCCUUUAGCAUUACAUUUUGCUCAGCAAAACUUGGGAAUCCUCAUUUACGUUAGUUGAGUUCAUUCUAGUUUGGAGAGAGAUUUUACUUCAAUUCAAACUCUUGUUUCUGUCAAACUUCUGUUAUUUAUAAUAAUAUUGUUGGUUCAGCUGGUGUA